AAAAAAGUCUUUAAUUUAAUGACUUCAGAAAGUUCCUUUGCCGAUUACUUUUUCCGGUGGCCGCCAAAGGCUAACCUGAGUUCUGUGUUAUUGUUAUUGUCAUUGGCUCACUCAGCUGGAUUAAGCAUUCAUUCAUUAUUCGAAAACACCUGCUACUGAUUCUUCUUUCUUGUCUCUCCUUUUCAUUCAUGUAUUUUUUUUCUCUCUCUUUUUUAUGUGUACUGGAACUAGAAGAGCCUCUGUUGAUUGAUGUGACACAAACAAGCUUGUUCAACUUCAAUAAUUCAAUUUGAAUUGUUGGUAAUAAAACAUUAUAUUGGAGGGGCUGGAUUCUCCAGGGUGGAAGGUGAUGGAGAACCAUCGUCAACAUCAGCAGAAGCUGAGUGAUGGCGGUGAAGUACGGUAUAUGCAGAAAUUCAGGCUCUACGAAACCUAUUCGAAAUUUUAUAUGAUUGGAAGAGACAAAAGCAGAACAUAUUGGAAAGUCUUAAAGAUAGAUAGACUGGAGCCAUCUGAACUUAAUAUCAGUGAAGAUUCAACAGUAUUUUCAGAAACUGAGAGUAGUGAUAUUCUUAGGCGGAUACAUGAAGGAAACAAGCCAACCGGAGGACUUAAAUUUGUCACAACUUGCUAUGGAAUCAUAGGAUUUAUAAAAUUUCUUGGGCCAUACUACAUGCUGCUCAUAACAAAAAGAAAGAAGAUUGGGACAAUUUGUGGGCAUAAUAUAUAUGCUAUCACAAAAAGUCAAAUGAUUACAGUUCCUCAUAUCAUCAUGCUAUCCAAAAUGGCAUAUUCUAAUGAUGAGAACAGAUACAAGAAGCUUCUAUGCAGUGUGGAUCUUACAAGGGACUUCUUUUUCAGCUACUCAUACCAUAUCAUGCAUAGUCUUCAAAAGAACUUAUCUGCUAAUAACCCACCAGGACUGUUACCAUAUGAGACAUUGUUUGUUUGGAACGAAUAUUUAACUCGUGGAAUCAGGAAUACUCUGCAGAAUACUUCGUGGACAGUUGCCCUAGUACAUGGCUUUUUUAAACAGGUCGAAUUUUCUAUAUCUGACAGGAAGAUCAUCUUGACUAUCAUUGCUAGACGCUCACGCCAUUUUGCUGGGACCAGAUAUUUGAAACGUGGAGUGAAUGAAAAGGGUAGAGUAGCUAAUGAUGUUGAGACAGAGCAAAUAGUCUUUGCAGAUGCUCAUGAUGGAGACCCUAUGCAAAUAAGUUCUGCAGUGCAGAUUCGGGGUUCAAUCCCUCUAUUUUGGUCUCAGGAAGCAUCUCCAUUGAAUAUGAAACCUGACAUUAUAUUAUCAAAGAAGGACCAGAAAUUUGAAGCCACACAACUUCAUUUUGAAAAUCUCGUUAAGAGAUAUGGAAACCCCAUUGUUAUAUUGAACUUAAUUAAGACACGAGAAAAGAAGCCUCGUGAAACUAUUCUUGGAGUUGAGUUUGCAAAUGCUGUUAGGUUUAUCAAUAAAAAUUGUGGGGAAAUACACCUGAGGUUCUUUGAUUGGGAUCUUCAUCAACACUCAAGAUGCAGUAAAGCUACUGAUGUAUUGACAAAGCUUAGAAGAGUUGCUGCCGAUGCAUUGAAAUUAACUGGCAUCUUCUAUUGUCAUGUAACCCGAAGGCUUGGCGGAUCAAUAGAAUAUUCCAACUCCGUGAAUUGUGUUGACGAGCACUCUACUGCCAAACAAGCUAAUUCAAACAAGGCUAAUGUUGAUGAGGAUCGAGUAGCGAAAGACUGUUUGCAUGUUGAUGAGAGCGUAGAUUACAUUAUAGAACCCCUGAUGUUUCAGUCAGGGGUCCUGAGGACCAAUUGUAUAGACUGCUUAGAUCGGACUAAUGUUGCUCAAUAUGCUUAUGGUCUAGCUGCACUUGGACAUCAACUAGAAACCUUAGGAUUUUUUGAAUCCUCUAACAUUGAUCUUGAUGAUCCUAUAGCAAUGGAGAUCAUGGCAUUAUAUGAGUCCAUGGGUGACACACUAGCUCUCCAAUAUGGAGGCUCUGGAGCACACAAUAAGAUAUUUUCUGAGAAAAAAGGACAAUGGAAGGCUGCAACUCAAUCACAGGAGUAUAUUCGAUCCUUUCAGCGUUAUUAUAGCAACACGUACUUGGAUGGCAAUAAACAAAAAGCAAUUAACUUGUUCUUGGGCCAUUUUCAGCCACAACAGGGAAAACCAGCACUCUGGGAGCUAGAUUCAGAUCAGUAUUGCACUGUUGGGAAACACGGCCCUUCUUCAGUUGAUAGCAACGUUAGGUCGACUAUUAGAAGAUCGCUAUCAGACGGCAGUAUUCUCUGCGAAAAUGAUACUACAAUUAGGAGCAUGGAACAUAUAAAUUGUCAGCACUCUGGAAAAAGUGAUCAGCAUAGUCUUUUAGAGGUUUCUCCAGAUAUCCGUAUUUGUGGAAGUGAUGUUUGUCAUUGCAGGCAAAUAUAUAGUGGUGAGUUCGAAGACCCAGUUGAAGAUCACAUUUGUUAUGAUGAACAUGGGAAUGCAUAUGACUGCUCUGAUGUCCUUGAUGUUGACUGGCCUUCUUCUUCUGCAAAUUCUUGCGAAGAAGAAACACUAGAAAGGUCAACCUUCAUAUCAUCAAAAAAUAUUUCGAAUGAACUAAGGGCCGAGAAAACUGGAUGUACAAGACAAUCUGAAUCCUGCACAAAGAUUCGGCGAAGGGGACAGAUUGAAGUACAGCUAAACAAAGACACCAAAUUUACAAAAAGCUUUGGGCGUUGGGUAAACCAUGAGGAUGGGGGAUGCUUUUGGUCUAAAGAUUGUUGACACACAUUUUAUGUCUCAACACCUCAGUCUAUAUGAAUAUGGAUGGGGUUCCUGUACAGAAAUGAAAUAAAAUGAUUGAUUGAAUGUGGGUGGCAUAUUCCAAAGCAUAUAGCAGUUGAUGGCAGCAGCUCAGCAAAUGAUUUUCCUUGGCGUACAUAAUUUGGAAGGUAAUUGACUAAUGGUAUAUACAUCACAAUAAGUUGUUGGCAAGUCAUUUUUCAACACCCCAAGCGCACUGAUACAUUAGAGCUAGUAAGUAAAUAACUAACCAUGUAUAUAGUCAUUUUUGUUAAGGAGGCUAAUUUCAACACUAAGGUUCUGGUUGUCAAAUGACGUGAGUUGAAUCAAACUUAGUUAUUUAUCCGAUGUAACUGCCUGCAUUUUAUUUUGAAAAAGAAGAUAUUUUAUU